GAGCUGCCAGAGCACCAGCGUGGAGAUGCAGUCAGCAGCAUGGUGUAUGAAGCAAAUGCCAGGGUGCGAGACCCAGUUUAUGGGUGUGUAGGGGCAAUUUCGUCUUUACAGCAACAAAUUGAUGUGCUCCAGACCCAACUGGCUCUGGCUCAGGCGGAGGUGGUGCACCUUAGGGUUAGGCAGACUGCAUCUUUCUCCAACCAUGGGCUGAGCCCGGCUAGCCCAACUAAUAGCGGCUCACCGUCUUCCAAGUUCAUGGGCUCUCAAGCCCGGCCCAUUUUCGACAUGGAUAUGAUGGUGGACCACACCAGCUUAGGACUGGGAGAGUCCAUGUGGUCAUGCUAA